AUUAUUUAUUGCUUUACAUGUCAGUUUUGUUCAGAUAGUGCACAUAUUUCUUCUUCACACAUUUUUGAACACUUUUAUACUUAACCACGCCUAUUUACUCUUGAACACCCAAGUUUACUCAAAUUUACCGCGGAGUUAAGUGAGUUCGUAAAUCAAAAGACCAAUCCCAAAAUACGGAAAAUGGGCAAGAGAUCGCAGAAGAACAGUGUGCUGAUGGUCUGUGUGGGCAACCUCUGCCGCUCCCCAAUCGCCGAGGCUGUGAUGCGUGACGUGGUCGAGAGGGCGGGUCUCCAAGGGGAGUGGCGCGUGGAGAGCGCCGGGAUCGAGGGAUGGCAUUCUGGCCGCCAACCGGAUGAGCGAGCUCUGAAUGUCCUGGCCAAGCACAACAUCGACUACUUGGGCAGUGCGAGGGUUCUGGCCCCGGAGGACUACCUCAAGUUCGACUACAUCUUCGGCAUGGAUCUAAGCAAUCUAGCCGCCCUGAGGCGUAUGGCUCCCAAGGGCGCCACUGCCAAGCUGCUUCUCCUUGGGGAUUUUGGCCUAAGACCAGAUGAACGCAUCCUUGAGGAUCCCUAUUAUGACAUUGGCGAAGCACCAUUCGAACAAAUUUACCGGCAGUGCACCAUAGCGUGUAAUAAUUUCCUGAAGCAAGCGCGUUUAAAUCAGAUAAUGUAGAGAAGCCCCUGACAGCCGCCUAAGGGUUAAGCCAUCCGACCGACCA